AUGGCAUUUUCAAUGUUCAUGCAACUGAACUGUUUAUGGAAACUCACCAGAUUGCGCUUCUUACCCAUGGGAUUUGAUGCCGCUAUUUCACUGUGUUUAUUUGGAUGUUUACUUAAUUUUACAACUAUCUCCUCACAAAAAUUGGAUGAUAUUGACCCAAUAGUUUCAACAACAUAUGGCAAAGUGCGAGGAAUUAAGAAAGAACUUAAUAAUGAGAUAUUAGGACCUGUUAUUCAAUUCCUUGGUGUACCUUAUGCAGCAUCCCCUGUAGGGGAACGCAGGUUUCAACCUCCUGAACCUCCAACAACAUGGGGAGAUAUCAAAAAUGCCACACAGUUUGCUCCAGUUUGUCCUCAAAAUAUAGUGGGUGGCAGGUUGCCUGAAGUUAUGCUUCCAGUUUGGUUUACUAAUAACUUGGAUGUAGUUUCUUCCUAUGUGCAAGACCAGAAUGAAGACUGUCUCUAUCUAAACAUAUAUGUUCCAACAGAGGAUGUAAAAAGAAUAUCCAAGGAAUGUGUCCGGAAACCCGGCAAGAAAAUAUGUAGAAAAGGAGGUCCCCUUACAAAGAAACAGACAGAUGAUUUAGGUGAUAAUGAAGGUGCUGAAGAUGAAGACAUCCGAGAUAGUGGAGGCCCUAAACCUGUCAUGGUGUAUAUUCAUGGAGGAUCCUACAUGGAAGGAACUGGUAAUUUGUUUGAUGGAAGUGUCCUGGCAAGCUAUGGAAAUGUAAUUGUCAUUACUGUUAACUACCGUCUUGGAGUUCUUGGUUUCCUAAGCACUGGUGAUCAAGCUGCAAAGGGAAAUUAUGGGCUUCUUGAUCUUAUUCAAGCCUUAAGAUGGACAAGUGAAAAUAUUGGUUUCUUUGGUGGUGAUCCUUUAAGAAUAACAGUUUUUGGAUCUGGUGCAGGUGCAUCUUGUGUCAAUCUCUUGACCCUAUCCCAUUAUUCAGAAGGACUUUUCCAAAGGGCAAUUGCACAAAGUGGGACUGCUCUUUCCAGCUGGGCAGUUAGCUUUCAGCCUGCCAAGUACGCUAGAAUUUUAGCUACAAAGGUUGGAUGCAACAUGUCAGACACUGUAGAACUUGUGGAGUGUCUUCAGAAGAAGCCUUAUAGAGAGCUUGUUGAUCAAGAUAUUCAACCAGCUCGGUAUCACAUAGCUUUUGGGCCUGUUAUUGAUGGUGAUGUUAUACCGGAUGAUCCUCAGAUUCUAAUGGAGCAGGGGGAAUUCUUAAACUAUGAUAUCAUGCUGGGAGUAAAUCAGGGGGAAGGUCUUAAGUUUGUGGAAAGCAUUGUGGACCAUGAAGAUGGUAUAUCUGCAAGUGAUUUUGAUUUUGCAGUUUCUAAUUUUGUGGAUAACUUAUAUGGAUAUACAGAAGGUAAAGACAUUUUAAGGGAAACCAUCAAAUUCAUGUAUACAGAUUGGGCGGAUCGUCAUAAUCCUGAAACCAGACGAAAAACUUUGCUGGCUUUGUUCACUGACCAUCAAUGGGUGGCACCAGCUGUGGCAACUGCAGAUCUGCACUCAAAUUUUGGUUCUCCUACAUAUUUCUAUGCCUUUUACCAUCAUUGCCAAACUGAUCAAGUGCCUGCUUGGGCAGAUGCAUCUCAUGGGGAUGAAGUAGCUUAUGUAUUUGGGAUACCCAUGAUUGGCCCUACUGAGUUAUUUCCCUGUAAUUUCUCCAAAAAUGAUGUAAUGCUUAGUGCUGUAGUAAUGACAUAUUGGACUAACUUUGCUAAAACUGGAGAUCCAAAUCAACCAGUUCCCCAAGAUACAAAAUUCAUUCACACAAAACCUAAUCGUUUUGAAGAAGUUGCCUGGACUAGAUAUUCACAAAAGGAUCAACUGUAUCUUCACAUUGGUUUAAAACCUAGAGUCAAGGAGCAUUAUAGGGCUAAUAAAGUUAACCUCUGGCUAGAGCUGGUACCACAUUUGCAUGUUAUUAAUGACCUCACCACAACUAAAGGGCCAUCAACUGAUAUAACUUCUAGACCAACAAGAAAAAUCCUUGUACCUGUAACUUCAGCCAUUCCUACCAUUAAUGAAGAUACUAUUAAACAACAGCCGAGUCCAUUUUCACUGGAAAGAGAUUACUCUACAGAGUUGAGUGUAACUAUUGCAGUUGGAGCAUCUCUGUUAUUUCUCAACAUUUUGGCAUUUGCAGCAUUGUACUACAAAAAGGAUAAAAGAAGACAUGAUGUUCAUAGAAGAUGCAGCCCUCAACGCAACACUACCAAUGAUAUAGCUCAUGCACAAGAAGAGGAAAUUAUGUCUUUACAAAUGAAGCACACUGACUUGGAUCAUGAAUGUGAAGCAGUCCAUCCUCAUGAGGUGGUUCUCAGAAAUGCCUGUCCUCCUGACUAUACUCUAGCAAUGAGAAGAUCUCCAGAUGACAUUCCUUUAAUGACACCCAAUACUAUAACAAUGAUUCCAAACACUAUACCAGGGAUUCAGCCCAUACAUGCCUUCAAUACUUAUACUGCAGGACAGAAUAACACUCUCCCUCAUCCACAUCCACACCCACAUCCACAUUCACAUUCUACAACCAGAGUAUAGCCUAAACUAGAAAAACUCAGACUUAAUUUUUUGAUGUAUUAGUAGGUGACCUUACUGGGAAUUACUUGGCUUUUCAACCUGCAGGACACUUACUGCUAAAAGGUGGAAGAGAAAAAUCUGCAUAAUGCAAACACAUAUCGAGAACUUUUGGAGUUUUGGAAAAAAAAACAAAACAUUGUAAAUACACAAACGGACAAAGCAGCAAUUGAAGCAAUUGUUGUGAAAGAUCUUUUUUUUCUGUUUAUAUUCAACAAUUAAUAUUUUUGAAAAUUUAAUUUACAAAUUGGCAUUAGGCAUGUGCUACACAAAAAAGGGAGUAAAAGGACUUAAAUAUGUAUUUAUAUGCACAAAGGACUCACUCAUGGAAUGUCAGAUAAUUUACACAGUUUUUUUUUUUAACUGUUUUAUUGUGUAGAUCAUAAAUAGUACACAAAGCACCAAUACGGUUAAGGAUCACAUCCUAAAAACUGCCAUUAGAAAAAAAAAAAAAAAAAAGAGAGGAAAUUUUUAUCCUGACAGGUGCAACAUUAUCACUUAAGUGCUGUCACUAUAAAUUGUUGGAACAAAGGAACCUGGAUAUUUUUCGCACGAAGUGCAUGAUGAUUUGUAUGCCUGGUAGCUGUGCUGCUGAUUAAGCCACAAUUAAGAUUGUUCUCAUCCCAUUAACGUUUUAUAAAACAUUAUAGAAUCAAUUGGCAAAUAUUAAAAUGAUAUAAAACUAGGUAAAUUAAUUACAAAGUAAAAUAAUUCACUGUAUUGUUCUCAUAAUUUAAUGGACUUUUUAGAGUCACAGUUUUAGAGUUGCAAAGUAUGGUUAGAUAUAGUGAUAAACACCGGUGUAAAUUCCAAAGGCGUGUGUGUUAAAAAUUUAUAUUACUCUGUUUUCCAGCCUAAACAUUUUAUUUUCAAUAUUUGUAUACACCCCAUGUUAAUUGAAUUUUAUUUACUCUAGUUGGUAUUCUGAUACUUUUGUUAAUAAUGGUAUGGUAAGGUA